GAUGACGAGACGACAGCUUAACAACCUUCACUAUGUCUCCAAGAUUGAACUUAUUUGGCGCAAGCCGAUCGCUUGUUAUAAGGGCAAGGCCUUCAAUUACCUCCCAUCAAUCUUGGAUUCUACCAGUGGUGUCACGGAGAGGCUUUGCAGACGAGAAGGGCCCGAAUGCUCCAAAAGGCCCCAAUGAAAAUGCUCUUGGGCAUGUCAGCGAAGAAGCUGCUGAUAUGAGCAAUAUAAUGGGGGAGACAGGACCUGACUUGGGUCAAGGAACUCCUGUACAAGAUAUUCUCAAGCGUGACAAAGAGGGCAGGGGCAAGGCUCCAGAAGUUAUUAAGGAGGAAAUGGAUGGCAACAAAGCAGACUCAACCUCAUUCGCGAAUUUGCUCUCACUGGGACAACUGGAGAGCAUCGCAGCUGGCGGCCAUGGCACAGAUCCAGUCACGGUAGACACUGUGGGUCACAAGUACGCGCUGCCCGACCUACCAUUACCCAAGAAUGCCAAUUUCAAGUACCGUUAUGAUCCAAUUGUUGCCCAAGUUACAAAUCUCCUGAUGAAGGAUGGCAAACUGAGCGUUGCCCAGAGGAAUAUGUCAUUCAUUCUAAACCACCUCCGAACCGCCCCUCCGCCAGUCCCUAAUCCCGUUCGACCUCUCCUCCCAGGUGCUCCGCCGCCAACCCAUCUACCUCUCAACCCAAUCGGCUAUCUAACUGUUGCCAUCGACUCGGUAGCCCCGCUUCUCCGCAUCCGUUCUCAAAGGGGUGCAGCUGGUGGUGGAGCCGCAUUACAGAUUCCAGUGCCUCUCGGCCUGCGGCAAAGGAGACGCCAGGCUGUACAAUGGAUUCUCGAUGCUGCGAACAAGAGGAAAUCACGGGGGAGUGGAAAGAAUCAAUUUGCGUUGCGGGUUGCGGAUGAGAUUAUAAACGUGGUCGAGGGGAAAAGUUCUGUUUGGGAGAAGAGGCAAUUGGUACACAAAACUGGGACAUCAGCGAGAGCAAACCUGAAUUAUAAGCCAGGUGGAUUCAGGAGAUGAUGCAUGUUUAUGUUUGGUGUAUUAUACUCAAAAUAUAUGGCAAGAAUUGCUAAUGCAAUGACACGGCAACUCAACUAUUUUUGGCGACGAGGAGAUCCGCCAGGAAACGCUACGGAGGUCAUCUGUAAGGGAUAUGUAAGUACGUUUCUUGAUAAUGUUGGGACAUUCGACUCGAUCCUCCCAAACAGGUCACCCUUUAGAAGGGACUAGCGUUUUGCAGAGACUAGCCUUAAGCCUUUCAAAGAACCAGCCUUCAG